UAAGUCAGAGCAUCUAGCGAUCUGGUUAUGUUUACUAAUAUGGCGUACCGACGUUUGAUUUGAAUUUGUUCGUUACGUUAUGCGUGAUACUUGGUGCAGUUCGUAAGACGUGAGUCGUAGCCUCGUGUUCCACGGAGAAGGAUUGCACAGGAUACUGAUACUCGGCUGUUCAGUGUUCACGUUAUCUUAUAGCUACGCACAAUGGAUAACUUCAUAAAAAUAGAGAAAAUAGGUGAAGUACAUUGGAGCAGGGUUUGUAAAGAAAAUAAUUCAUGGUAAACUUGGGUAUUUCUUCGAUCAGAUAUAGAGAAUUAUUUUGCUAGAAUAAUACAAUGCUGUGCGAAUGUAUUAGGAACAUAUGGAGUGGUAUAUAAAGGAAAGCAUAAGAAAACUGGAGAGAUCGUAGCGAUGAAGAAGAUUCGCUUAGAAAGUGACGACGAGGGAAUACCAUCGACAGCUAUUAGAGAAAUUUCGUUGCUCAAGGAGUUAACUCACCCGAACAUUGUUAGUUUGAUUGAUGUAUUAAUGGAAGAGUCAAAAUUGUAUCUUAUUUUUGAGUAUCUCACAAUGGAUCUGAAAAAAUACAUGGAUACUUUGGGCAACAAGAUGAUGGAGCCAGCUGCAGUCAAGUCGUACUUAUAUCAGAUCACACGAGCGAUCUUGUUUUGUCACAAGCGCAGAAUACUGCAUCGCGACUUGAAGCCGCAAAAUUUGCUUAUCAAUAAAACGGGCGUCAUCAAGGUAGCAGACUUUGGAUUGGGAAGGGCAUUCGGGAUCCCAGUCAGAAUAUAUACGCACGAGGUGGUGACUUUGUGGUACAGGGCACCGGAAAUCCUCCUCGGUGCCACUAGGUAUUCUUGUGCGAUCGACAUGUGGAGUAUUGGAUGUAUUUUCGCGGAGAUGGUGACCAAGAAACCAUUGUUCCAAGGAGAUAGUGAGAUUGACCAGCUCUUCAGGAUAUUCCGAAUACUGAGGACACCUACGGAGGAUUUAUGGCCAGGCGUUACGCAGUUGUCGGAUUAUAAAGCCACAUUUCCGAACUGGAUGACGAAUAACUUGCACACACAAGUAAAGAAUUUGGAUGAAGAUGGAUUGGACUUGUUGGAAUCUAUGCUCACAUACGAUCCUGUGUACAGAAUAUCCGCACGAGCGGCCUUGCAGCAUCCCUACUUCAACGACUUGGAUACAUAUAAGAUACCCGCUGCAUAAAGCGAAGGAGCUGCUUGAGAGAACAGAAACUAAGUUUGUUGUUCUUGCAUUUGUGACUAUUAUUUUAAUUCUAAUUUUAAUCGUGCGUGAAGAGUAUGUCUCGAAGUUGUAUCGAAAAACUUAAUUUAUUCGAGUCCUAUGUUCUUUCUAUGUUCGCUUGAUCAUACUUUGUCUGAUUGUUUUAUCGAUUUAUUUUUUAGUUUUUUUUUAUCGCCAUUUUAUCCACAUUUUCUAUGAAAAUACAUGUCGUACAGUUCUUCUCGGACUACAUAGAUUUCACGCAUACAUGAAUUGAAAUAUUAAAAUAUCACAUUUUAUUUGACAUUUAUGCAUUUAAGUAAGUUUCAUAAAGAUCAUUCGCGCGAUACAUGACCCUUAAUUAAUAAUACCAGUUUCCUAUAUUUUCCUAUGCUCAUAUAUGCGUAUGUACGGACGUUAGUAUUACGUGUGAUUAAGUCGCACGUUUUACUUGUUUCUACGAGAUUGGUGAAAAAAUAAUUACGGAGCUUGCUGUUGAGUAGCAAAAAUUGUAAUUACUUUUGCACCGAUCAAUAUAUAUAUAACUUCUUUUUUCAUACAAUAUUAUACGUAUUCUCCUACACAUAUCUAUUUGAAUACUAUUUUAAAACUUGGAUUAAAGUCAAUAUUUUUUUGGUGAAUAUAUUACUCGUUUGUAAAAACUAAUAUUUUUCUAUCUUAGUCUCUCACGUAGGUAAAUUUGGAAAGGAUUAGUAGGAUACACAGUAUAUUAGUGACACGUAACAAUUUGUAAGUCUUGUACCUUAUAAAUAAAUGAUAUUAUACUUAUUGC